AUUCGAACGGAUUGAUCCAACAUCACGAAUUUUCAUGAUAUGGAUUGUUGCCUUUUCACUCAAGUUGGGUUUCUCUAUUAUCGUAGUCUCAAAUCUGAACUUCCUUUUCGUCUAAGCUGUUGUUGGUUCUUUUCUUCCUUCUGUUAUUGAGCUCUUUGGUUUUCAUCGGUUGUUUGGGAAUUUCUUCGGAGAAGAGGUAUUGUUCUCUCUCUCUACCACUCCCAUGUUUGGAUUUUUGGAUUUUCUUAACGAACCCCCGGGGAAUAUUCCUGGUUUUGAUUAGAAAUGUAGUGAUUUUGUGCUGAAAAGUUGGAUUAUGUUGCAUUACUCGAAUUUGGUUGCAUAAGCUGCCUGAGAUUUCUGCAUGUUUGUUUAUUGGACAUAUGGGAUCAAGGAAUGUAUUAUAAUGCCUGUUCCUAAGGAGACAGUAAUGGCUAUCAAGUCUUACCAAGUGCAGGCUCAAAUGUUGGUCAGGGAUUACUUACUAGCGGAUCCUUUUCUUCCAUACACUUCUGUUCUUGGGGGUAUAUUCGCUUGCAAGAUGGCCUAUGAUUUCACCCAAUUGAUCAGUUCAUUUUACUUCAAGAAAUAUUCCAACCUUACAAGAAUCCAACAGAUUGAGUGGAACAAUCGGGGUAUCUCUACUAUUCAUGCCAUAUUUAUUACAGCUAUGUCAUUAUACCUAGUGUUCUUCUCUGAUCUCUUUUCUGACCAUUACUUUUCUGGCCUUGUUACAUUCCGAAGUUCGCCAUUGUCUACUUUUGCAUUGGGGAUUUCUGUUGGUUACUUCAUUGCAGACCUUGGAAUGAUACUUUGGCUAUAUCCUUCCCUUGGUGGAACAGAAUAUGUUGUCCAUCAUCUUCUAUCUGUAGUUGCAGUAGCAUACUCUAUGUUGUCCGGGGAGGGGCAGCUUUACACUUACAUGGUUCUCAUUUCCGAGAUGACAACUCCUGGAAUCAAUUUGAGAUGGUAUCUGGAUACUGCUGGACUGAAGAAGUCCAAUAUUUAUCUCAUUAAUGGGGUUGCAAUGUUUUUUGUGUGGUUGGUUGCACGGAUAUUUCUCUUCAUCUACCUAUUCUACCAUGUUUACUUGCACUAUGAUCAGGUCAAACAGUUGCAUACACAUGGCCGUAUAUUGGUCAUUGUGGUGCCCUCUGUGCUAGCUAUCAUGAACUUGAUGUGGUUUGUGAAGAUCAUCAGAGGAAUGAAGAGGACAUUAGCAAAGAGGCAGUAAAGGAUAUAUACAUACACUUGCAUAUUCUUACCAUGUAUCUACUCUGGGUGUAUUGAUCUGUGCAUUCGCCUCUUUCUGCUUACUGUGUAAAUGUUUAGAGGGAGAAAAAGAAACAGAAAGGGAAAAAAAAGCAAGCUGACUGAAGCUUCUUAUCCAAUGGGAAUCCAAAUGUUGUAAAUUGAUUGAAUCCCAUAGAACUUUCUAUUCACAAAUAUCUAUGAUGUUGAAACUGAUAGGAUCAACUGCUUUGUUGGUUGGCAUGUUCAUUUUGUUUUCUUGUGUACACCAAAUCUAUUAGGGAGGAAAAUGCAAAUGAAAAUUUCUGUAAGUUCAAUUCA